AGUAAUAUUGUUGCAUUGUGGGAUUUGUGUGCUUUCAUCUUGCAAUCAUGGCGGACGCCUUUGGAGACGAUUUGUUCAGCGUGUUCGAUGAAGAACAAACAUCUUCAACUAAAAAGAAACCACCAAUACCUGAAAAGGGGAAAGCAACCAGUAAUAAUGAUAAAGGCGGAACGAACGAGCCCCCUGCUGCCAAGACCAAGAGGGAAGCAGACAACGACGGGACAGAUGAGGUGGUGUUCGGGAAAAAGGCCAAGCUGGAGACUGUCUCUACAGAGGAGAUCAAUCUUGCCGACUGCAUGCCCAAAGUGAAGGUGGAGCCGGUUGAGACAGUGGAAGGAUGCAAUCACGAGGUGGCUCUGCCAGCCAAUGAGGAGUACACACAGCUUAAGCCUCGUGUGGGGAAAGCGGCCAAGGAGUACCCCUUCAUUCUGGAUCCCUUCCAACGUGAGGCCAUUCUGUGUAUAGACAACAACCAGUCAGUGCUUGUGUCUGCCCACACCUCUGCAGGAAAGACUGUCUGUGCAGAGUAUGCCAUAGCUCUAGCCCUGAGAGGGAAGCAGAGGGUAAUCUUCACCAGCCCCAUCAAGGCCCUGAGUAACCAGAAGUACAGAGAGAUGUACGAAGAGUUCCAAGAUGUUGGCUUGAUGACCGGUGAUGUCACCAUCAACCCCACUGCCUCCUGCCUUGUCAUGACCACUGAGAUUCUGAGGAGCAUGUUGUACCGAGGGUCAGAGGUCAUGAGAGAGGUGGCCUGGGUCAUCUUUGAUGAGAUCCAUUACAUGAGAGAUGCAGAGCGUGGUGUGGUCUGGGAGGAGACCAUCAUCCUGCUUCCUGACAAUGUCCACUAUGUCUUCCUGUCCGCCACUAUCCCCAACGCCAAGCAGUUUGCUGAGUGGAUCUGCCACCUCCACAAACAGCCCUGUCACGUGGUGUAUACUGACUUUCGGCCCACCCCCCUGCAGCACUACAUCUUCCCAGCAGGUGGCGACGGACUUCACCUUGUGGUGGAUGAGAACGGAGAGUUCAGAGAGGACAACUUCAACACGGCCAUGCAGGUGCUGAGAGACACAGGGGACUCUGGGGGCAGUAGCGGAGGUGGCAAGUGGGACACCAAGGGACGCAAAGGAGGAACACGAGGGCCGUCCAACGUGUUCAAGAUCGUGAAGAUGAUCAUGGAGAAGAACUUCCAGCCGGUUAUCAUCUUCAGCUUCAGUAAGAAGGAGUGCGAGGCCUACGCCCUGCAGGUGUCCAAGCUGGACUUCAACACAGAUGAGGAGAAGCAGCUUGUAGAGGAGGUGUUUAACAACGCUGUAGACUGUCUGUCUGACGAUGACAAGAAGCUGCCUCAGGUAGAGAAUGUUCUACCACUACUGAAGAGAGGUAUAGGGAUUCACCACGGGGGACUGCUCCCCAUCCUGAAGGAAACCAUUGAGAUCCUCUUCUCUGAGGGGCUAAUUAAGGCGUUGUUUGCCACAGAGACCUUUGCCAUGGGCAUCAACAUGCCUGCCCGCACCGUCCUGUUCACCAGCGCACGCAAGUUUGACGGCAAAGACUUCCGAUGGAUCACGUCUGGCGAGUACAUCCAGAUGUCUGGCCGAGCUGGCAGGAGAGGGAUGGACGAGAGAGGUAUUGUCAUCUUCAUGGUUGAUGAGAAGAUGAGCCCUGCAGUAGGGAAACAGCUGCUCAAGGGCUCAGCUGACCCUCUCAACAGUGCCUUCCACCUCACCUACAACAUGGUUCUCAACCUGCUGCGGGUGGAGGAGAUCAACCCCGAGUACAUGCUGGAGAAGUCUUUCUACCAGUUUCAGCACUACAGGGCUGUGCCCGGCGUCGUAGAGAAGAUGGGGAAGCUGGAGAAGAUGUAUAACGCCAUAGAGAUCCCCAACGAGGAGAGUGUGGUCACUUACUAUAAGAUCCGCCAGCAGCUGGCUAAACUGGGCAAAGAGAUCGAAGAGUUUGUCCACAAACCCAAGUUCUGCCUUCCUUUCCUCCAGCCUGGUAGAUUGGUCAAGGUCAAAAACGAAGAUGUUGACUUUGGAUGGGGCGUAGUCGUUAAUUUCUCAAAGAAGUCAAACGUCAAGGCCAGUACAGGUGAUGCAGACCCUCUGUACGUGGUGGAGGUGCUGGUCCACUGUAGUCAGGAGAGUGUGAAGAAUGCAGCUACAGAGGCUGCUAAACCUGCUGCCACUGGGGAGAAGGGUGAAAUGCAGGUGGUUCCUGUGAUGCUCCGCCUCUUGACCUCUAUCAGUUCAGUCCGUCUCUACAUCCCCAAAGACCUCCGGCCUUAUGACAACAGACAGAGCAUGCUGAAAUCCAUACAGGAGGUGCAGAAGCGCUUCCCAGACGGAGUUCCCCUGCUGGACCCCAUUGAUGACAUGGGCAUCAAGGACCCAGGCCUGAAGAAGAUCAUCCAGAAGGUGGAGGCAUUCGAACACAGGAUGUACUCCCACCCCAUGCACUCCGACCCCAGCCUGGAGGCUGUCUACUCCCUCUGCGAGAAGAAAGCCCUGAUUGCAGGGGACAUUAAAGGGGCCAAGCGGGAGCUGAAAAAGGCUAGGACCGUCCUGCAGAUGGACGAGCUGAAGUGCAGGAAGCGUGUCCUGAGACGUCUGGGGUUCGCUACUUCCUCUGAUGUCAUCGAGAUGAAGGGCAGAGUGGCCUGUGAGAUCAGCAGUGCUGAUGAGCUGCUGCUGACUGAGAUGGUGUUCAACGGUCUGUUCAACGAUCUGACUGCAGAACAGGUUACUGCUCUGCUCAGUGUCUUCGUCUUCCAGGAGAAUGCGAAUGAGAUGCCCAAGCUGACAGAGCAGCUGGCUGGACCACUGAGACAGAUGCAGGAGUGUGCCAAGCGCAUUGCUAAGGUGUCUGCAGAGGCUAAACUGGAGGUGGAUGAGGAGACCUACCUGGACAAGUUCAGGCCUCACCUGAUGGAUGUGGUCUACACCUGGGCUAACGGCUCCACCUUCGCUCAGAUCUGCAAGAUGACCGACGUCUUCGAAGGUAGUAUCAUCCGCUGUAUGCGUCGCCUGGAAGAACUGCUGCGUCAGAUGUGUCAGGCAGCCAAGGCCAUCGGCAACACCGAGCUGGAGAACAAGUUUGCAGAUGGUAUCACAAAAAUCAAGAGGGAUAUUGUGUUUGCUGCUAGUCUAUAUCUGUAAUUUGUUGUAUUUUGUAAGAAUAAGAUUGUGUUUGUGUAAUUUCAUCAUGAUAUCAUCCAGACAAUGUUUUUUUAUAUUUUUAUUUGUAUUCAUGUUGAUAAGCAUGAAAUGGCUUUUUUUCCUUCCAAAAAGUGCAACACAUUUGUACAUAGUUAACACAAUUUUAAUUAAAAAAAAACGUCUGUAGUGAUUUAUUUUACAUACGGAUGGAUAAAAAAAAAAA